AUGUCGUCGUCGCUCUUUUUCGGCUACCCGCAGCUGGCCGUGAUCCCCGGCGCGGGCCUCCUGGGCCUGGGCGCCUACUGCUUCUCGACGGUGGUGCCGCUGUGGUGCUUCGCCUGGCUGGGCCCGGUGAUCCGACGGAUGUGCCCGGACGGCUUCACUCUGGCCGAGUACAUCCGCCGCCGGUUCGGGUGGCCGGUGGGCGUGCUGUCGGCCGUCAUCUUUGUCGGCUUCAUGUUCUGCUUUAUGCUCGUCGAGCUCAACACCUACGGCGCCACGGUGCAGCUGCUGGGCGGCGUCAACCCGACCGUGGCGGCGCUGAUUGUGGCGCUGACGACGACCAUCUACACGGCCUACGGCGGCUUCAAGGCCUCGCUGUAUACGGAUAACGUCAACGGCGUCGUCAUCAUCGCGUUCGUGAUUAUGGCGUGCGUCGCCGUCGGCGUCAAGCUCGACCUGGACCCGGCGCGCAUCGAGAGCUCGCAGCUGCUGGGCUCGCACAAGCUGGCCGGCGAGCUGUGGUACAUUCUGCCGGCGGCCGUCAUCUUUUCGCAGAUGUUCAACCAGGGCUUCUGGCAGCGCGCCUUUGCGUCCAAGGACGACCGCACCCUCUACGUCUCGGUGGCGCUGGCCACGCCCGUGCUGUACGCCAUCUGCUUCCUGGUCGGCAUGGCCGGUCCGCUGGCGUGGUGGGCGGGCCUGUUCGACGGCCCGACGGCCGAAGACGACGGCUCCUACACCUUCUUCUACAUCCUCGCCACGCUGCCCAACUGGGUCCAGGGCAUCGUGCUGGUGCUGGCGGGCUGCCUGACGUCGUCGGCCUACGACACGUUCCAGUCGGCGCAGAUCUCGACAAUCCAGAACGACGUCUUCCUCGGCCGCCUCAACAUCUGGUGGUGCCGCGCCAUCCUCGUCGCCAUCAACGUGCCCGCCGUCGCCAUGGCCGUGCUCAACGUCGACAUCCUCCAGGUCUUUCUCGUCGCCGACCUGGCCGCCAUCGCGUGCAUCCCGGCCUUUCUGCUGGGCCUCGUGCGCCCGCUCAACUUCCUCAACGGCUUCGACGCCUUUUUCGGCGCCGUCGGCGGCUUCUUCACCGUCUUUGUCUUUGGCACCGUCUUUUACGACGGAGAUGCGGGCAAGGGCAUCGCGCUCCUCGCCCUGCCCGAGGGCCUGUACGUGACCGACUACUCGGUGCUCGGCGCCUUUUUCGCCGCUCCGCUCGGCUCGGUCGGCUUCACGUUCGUCGCGUGCGGCCUGCGCGCCCUCGUCACCUACGUCCACUGCCGCCGCACCGGCCAGCCGUUCCGCGUGUUUGAGCAGCGCGACUUCAACACGGCCGAAUUCGCCCUGCCCGAGGACCGUCCCGCCGGAUGGGCCGGCUUCCACGGCAGCGGCAACCCCAACGACGGCCGCAAGCUCGAAAACGGCGACCUCCUCGCACGCUCCGAGUCGGCUGGCUCGAGCAAGAAGUAG